AUGUUUCUGCUGGUUUUUAUCUGCCUUAUCUUGCUAUUUCCCCAGCUUAUGUACUCUUAUGACCCUAUUUCAUGUGCUUUGAAAAAGAAAGCAAGCAUAUUCCUAGAAGGGGAUAUCAUGAUUGCUGCACUGCUCCCUUUUUAUACUUGGCAAAGACAAAUCAAAGCCACAGGUCAUUAUCAGAAUGUCAGACGGCUUAAGCUCAAGACCUACAUGUUUUUUCUGUCCUUCCUUUUUGCCAUUGAAGAGGUCAACAGAAACUCUAAUAUUUUACCAAACAUGACUUUGGGAAUUGAUGCAAAUAAUUUCCCAUUUAUUGAUGCAGACACAAUGUAUAUUUCUUUAAAGUGGAUUUCAGGGAUUGACAGAAUGAUUCCUAAUUAUAACUGUAGGAAAGAGAGCAAGUCUGUAGUAUUAAUUACAGGACCAUCAUGGACAGCAUCUGCUCUUUUUGGAGAACUGCUGGAGCUGUACAAAUUUCCACAGCUCACCAUUGGGCGUUAUGAUCCCAUCCUGAGUGGCAAUACCCAUUUAACUUCUAUAUAUCAGAUGGCACCUAAAGACACCUUUCUGGCCCAUGCUAUGAUCUCUUUAAUCCUUUAUUUCCACUGGAACUGGGUGGGACUUUGUAUCUCAGAAGAUGAAAGAAGCCUUCAGUUUUGGUCUGACUUUAGAAUAGAAAUGGACAAGAAUGGUAUCUGUAUGGCCUUUGUGGAAAUUAUGUCACUCGGUAGAUCAUUAGCAUCUCCAGAUAUUAAAGUGGAUAAAAUUCUUCACAUCUUGAAAUCAUCAGUAAAUGUGAUUAUAGUCUAUUUUGACUCUGAUUCACUGAUCACAUUCUUUCACAUGGUAGAACAAUCUCUAAUGACACAAAAAGUCUGGGUCAUGGCCUCACCAUAUCAUUCUUUCAAAAUGAAACAAAGUAUGUUCUUACAUCCAUUUCAUGGUUCUCUCAUGUUUUCACACCACCAUAAGGAAAUUGCAGGUUUUAGAAAAUUUAUCCAUGCUAUUAACCCCUCGAAAUACCCAAAUGAUAUUUACUUAGCUAUACAUUGGUCUUUAAUUUUUGAUUGUUCAUUUUCUGAGUCUGACUGUACAAAACUGGAGAACUGUCCACUCAAUGCCUCCAUGGGAAUGUCACCUUAUCCGUUUAUUGACAUGGCCAUAAGUGAGGAGAGUUACAACCUAUACAAUGCUGUGUAUGCUGUGGCCCGCAUUCUUCAUGAUUUAUUUCUUCAUCAAGUAGAAUUUCAGGGACGAGGGGGUUUAAAGAGACUGGUGCAUUUCCCCUGGAAGCUGCACUACUUUCUAAGGAAUACUCAGCUUUAUCAUUUGGAUUCUAACCAAGUCAUUUUGGAUGAGAAAAGGAAAUCUGUGGCAGAAUAUGAUAUCCUCAACUAUUGCCAUUUUCCAAUAAAUUUUGUGCACAUGUUGAAAGUAGGAAUGUUUUCUCCAUUUGCACCUCCUGGUCAGCAAUUGUCCUUACAUGAGGACAUGAUAGAGUGGGCCUUAGGAUUUACCGAGACCCCACAAUCACUAUGCAGUGAGAGUUGUACUCCUGGAUUCAGGAAAGCACAUAUGGAAGGAAAGGCUAUCUGUUGUUUUGAUUGUACUCCUUGCCCAGAAAAUGAGAUUUCUAAUGAAACAAAUAUGGACCAGUGUUUGAAGUGUGGAGAUAAUCAAUAUGCCAAUAUGCAAAGAAUUCACUGCAUUCAAAAAGGUGUGACCUUCCUAUCCUAUGAAGAUGCUUUGGGGAUGAUUUUAACCUCCUUAUCCUUGUUCUUCUCUGGACUGACAGUUUCUAUUCUUGGGAUCUUUGUAAAACACCGAACCACUCCAAUUGUCAAAGCUAAUAAUAGAACGCUUAGCUAUAUUCUGCUCAUCUCCCUCACCCUCUGUUUUCUCUCUUCUUUGAUCUUCAUUGGUCAUCCCAACACAGCCACUUGCAUUCUACAGCAGACAGUAUUUGCAGCUGUGUUCACUGUGGCUCUUUCCACUGUCUUAGCCAAAACUGUUACUGUGGUUCUGGCAUUCAACAUUACUUCUCCAGGAAGAAGGAUGAGAUGGUUGUUGAUAUCAAGAGUACCUAACUUCAUAGUUCCCUUCUGCACUCUGAUCCAACUUAUUCCCCUUGGCAUAUGGCUGGGGACAUCACCUCCUUUUGUUGACGUAGAUACACAUUCAGAAUAUGAUCACAUCAUCAUUGUGUGCAACAAGGGUUCAGUCACUGCCUUUUACUGUGUCCUUGGAUACCUGGGCUGCCUGGCAGUGGGGAGCUUCACCCUGGCUUUUCUGGUGAGAAACCUGCCUGAUACUUUUAAUGAAGCCAAGUUCCUGACCUUUAGCAUGCUGGUUUUUUGUAGUGUCUGGGUCACCUUCCUUCCUGUCUACCAAAGCACCAAGGGCAAGGCUGUGGUGGCCACAGAGGUAUUUUCUAUCUUGGCUUCUAGUGCUGGGCUACUAGGAUGCAUUUUUCUCCCAAAGUGCUAUAGUAUUUUGUUAAGGCCAGAAAGAAGUUAUAGUUAUCAUUGUAGGAAUAAGAAACAUUUUGAAACUAAAAUGUCUUCUGAAAAUUAA